UUCAUUUACUGUGUUGAACGGAGAAGAGAAUCUCGUGAUCAUGGCAAGAACCAAACAGACCGCUCGCAAGUCCACCGGUGGAAAAGCCCCGAGGAAGCAGCUCGCUACUAAAGCCGCCCGCAAGAGCGCCCCCGCCACCGGUGGAGUCAAGAAGCCUCAUCGUUACAGGCCCGGUACCGUGGCGCUGAGAGAGAUCCGCCGUUAUCAGAAGUCCACUGAGCUGCUGAUCCGCAAACUGCCUUUCCAGCGUCUGGUGAGAGAAAUCGCUCAGGAUUUCAAGACGGAUCUGCGCUUCCAGAGCUCCGCCGUCAUGGCCCUGCAGGAGUCCAGCGAGGCUUAUUUGGUCGGUCUGUUCGAGGACACCAACUUGUGCGCCAUCCACGCCAAGAGGGUCACCAUCAUGCCCAAAGACAUCCAGCUGGCCCGCCGCAUUCGCGGAGAGCGCGCUUAAAUCCACAGCGACGUCAUUCACAUCCGCCCCAAAGGCUCUUUUAAGAGCCACUUCAUUUA